AUGGAGGAUUGGCACAACAUUAACUCCGGUCGGUCGGUAGUAAUGAGUUUUGCUUUGGAAUUGCAACUGAACGGUGCUACAUGCAGAAACAAUAAACUUGAGAUUAACGUUGCAAGGCAUGGACGGAAAACACUUCCAUUACCUUCUGGGAAAAUAAACCAGAACCCAAGAAAUGCCGAGCCCCUGGGACAAAAUACCGGUAUCCAUGGAGGCGGAUUUACCGACCACAUAACAUAUGCUCAGGUCACUGGUCACUCCAAAUCAAGGCAGCCCAAUAAUAACAUUCACCAAACAUCUGCUCCGAUCCGCUUACACACCGACGACGGCAUGGACCGAUGGCUCACUAAAUCCACCCUCAUUGGCGAAGCUAAAUCCCUGGAACUCCUUGGUCAUAUGCCAACUCUCAUCUCCAUCCACAGUGAACACCGCCCUUCAAUCAAAUACCUCGGUGGGAUGCUUGCUCUAAUCAGCUUUGAUUCCACAGUUGCUGCAAGAGAAUUCCAAGAAAAUGAGGGGAACUGGAAAGAUACAUUCAAAUGGAUGAAGAUGGGAUCCACUGCAGUCACAAAAUCCAAACGGAUAAUAUGGAUCAGGAUAGUUGGACCCCCCAUCCGACUAUGGAAUAACUCCAACUUCUCUGCUAUUGUGGGGAAGUUCGGAAAAAUAGUGGUGCCAAUAGACCAUAUCACUAGUCGAGUUGACCUCUCUGUGGUGAAGUUAGCUAUUCUCACAGACAAAUUAACAAAAAUCAAUGAGGAGAUUCAGGUGGAAGCUGAUGGCCGAUCUUUUCACGUUGGAAUCGUUGAAUACGAAGAUGAACCAUGGUUCCCGUUCAAGUUUGACAACGAAGAACAUCCAUAUGAAGAUCAGGUGUUGGAUGAUAAAACUGAAAACGAGUCUAUGGUAAGUGAGUCAAAUAAUUGGAACUCCAUUGAAGAAGAUGAAGGUGUAUCUGCAACUUGGAUCAAUGACAUGGAGGAGGGGGAAAUCAUUCAGGAUGGGAACCCUAACUCUCCAACAUACCAUACCGCAGAAAAGACUAAUGAAGGCGGUGAUGACCCAACAAUGUCAUGCACAGUGGUCGGAGAUGACACGGAACAUCACCAGAGAACAACAUCGGCGACGAAAACCAAUGAGUCCGGUGAAGAAAGACCGAUUCUCGAGAAAGGGGUCUAUGAAGCGACACUCAAUUUCCAAGACAAUUCAAAAGAUAACGGUAAGACGGAUCGGGUUGCCGCCCUAGAUAAUCAGACGAACCCAAUACCCUCGGAUCUUCAGAGUUUGGGCCCAAUGAAAAUUGUUAACUUCCCAACUUCAUUAGCCCAAUCUGGGUGCUUUGGCCCUUUUCCCUCUUUUAAAUAUACUCCUCCUUCAGUCGGUCAACAUAGUUUUGAUAAUGGUCAUGUCCGCUCUUCUUUAAAGAGACGCCGCUUACAGCGCUCUCCCCCUAGCGAACUCACAAAUUCGAUCCCAAGAACCACCCUAUUUCAAGCCACUGAAAGAAGUCGACCUCCCCCCAUCAUCAUAUCCACCACCACCACAGAUGACCCAACUCAGAUCCCUCAACCUAGCACCGGCCAAAACAUCGAUGUACAGACUCAUGAAUUAACCGACCUAGUAGUGGAAUCAACAAAAAUUGAAGCGACAGCUGCAGUGGGUUCCCUAAUUGGGUUCGAGAUUGAACCUAAUAAUUGUAUCCUAGCUGAAAUUCUUGGAGUAUCAGGUGAGCACAAUGUUCCCCAAUGA